UUUACGAAGCAAACAGAGUGUUAAAUUCACGCGCUUUGGAGGAUAGAGAGAACUUUGGAUGCGAAUAAAAAUCGAACGAGAAGUGCUCCAAUUUCUGCCGAUUAAUUUCCAAUCGAUGCUCUCGAAUAGAAGUUUCCAUCAGGAAUUAUUGUGAAAUCUACACAGACAGAAUGAGGCGUACGCGAUGGAUGAUGAUGCCGUUAUACCGGACCGUCUGCACCUCGACGACUCGUCCCAGCCAACAGUAGUUGUUCUUCAGAUGUGUCAGUGCUUACAACAUCAUCCAAACAGUGUUCUUAAAAGUGUUCAGAGACAUGGAGGAUUUCGGUAGAGUUUGGCGUCUGGCAUUGUCGCUAACGUUGAUCGUUAGCGCGAUUGGAAUGCCGCAAAACCCAAGAUCACCAGCAAUUGGAGAAACUUUAAAGCAAUUGACCGUAAGUUUACUGGAAAGCAUCAAUGCUACUGCUCCGACCAAAUACCAAGACCCGGUGCCCACUUUCGAUACGAGAACACCACCAAAAGUGAAGCAGCAGAUGAAGAAGGAUAAACUGGAGGAGAAAUCGCAUCCGGGAAUUGCCGAACCAGUAGAUGAUGAAGAGUUGAUUCUAGAGGAGCACGAAAAGAAGAUGAAUUACUAUAAAGUCGAUAGACCCACAACUGAUAGUGGAUUAUCCACGUGGAUAUUAUUGAGUGGACAGGCGUCGUCCACUGCUAAACCUAUGAAGAGGCCUCUACCGAGGAACGUUACAAAUACCUACGUCGUUGAGGAUGAACCGGUAAUGAAUAUCAAGCCGUUGUUUAAGAGGAGGAGUACAACAAAGAAACCAACAGCAACAACGGCUGCAACUACUACAACUGCUACGACGACCACGACGACAACAACACAAAGACCAACCAAGUUAACUAAAGUCAAAGCUUCUUUAUUGGCUGGAGUCAAUAAGAAUGCCACGAAUUUCUCGAAGAAAACAACUACUGUUAAAGCGACGACGACAACAAUCACAACACCGAAGCCUACCAAAGCAACUAAAGUAACAACUGUUAGCACGACUAAGAAACCAACAACUGUAACAACAACUAAGAGACCUACAACUGAAUUUGUUAGAGUAUCAACAAUGAAUACUCCAGUUGUAAUCAACGAAACCAGAGUAUCGAGUGCAGCUUUAGCUCCGGAGGCGAAAGAAGGUGAAUUGGAUUUGACUAACAAUAAAAAGACUAGAAAACCUUCCACCACCCAUAAAAGAAAGAAGAAUAAAAAUAAGAAGAGGAGACCUACAGCAGAAGAUAAAGUUGAUGUAUCUAACUCAACGAAAGUUGCUUCAAAGAUCAAAGAAAAACCGUUCGGUACGCAAAUCUACAAUUAUUUGAGUAGAGAAGUGAUGCCGACCGUUGGGGUUGGAUUGGUUGGUUUAAUGGUCACAGCUGGUUUGGCAAGUUACUUCUUGUAUCCAUUUAGCCCGGUGAGGAGAUCUUACGAAGUGGAUCGCAAAGAUAAAGUUACUCCGUAUUAUUACAAUGAUGAAUAUUCGGGUGGAAUUGCCGAAGAAGAAGCUAUUGGUAAAGUUAUAGCUGGAAUGCCGCAAAAUGCCAAUACUAAUACCAAUUAUAAUGUGAGAGCGCAGAAUUCAAGAAAUACUUAUAAUAGGUACAGGAAUGUGGAUCAGAGGUACAUGCAAGGAUCCGUAGAGACGGUUAAACUUAAUCACAAAUCGUCUUAUGGUGGUGAUGAAGUUAUCGUUGGUAGUCCCAAAGCGUCUUACGGUCAAACCACGGAAAAUGAUGACGAGCAGAAAUUCGUAGUGGGAAGUAUACCAAAGGAGCUGCAAGGAAAUUUGGAGGAGGUCGAUCCAACGCCCGUUGUAGUUCCAGAACACGGACCGAGGAACAUCGAGGAGAAGGAGCAAGUCUUCGUUGUUCACAGUGUACCUGCAACCGAAACUGCAGCACUCAAGAUCGAGCACGGUCCACGCAGAAGGAGGCAAUCUUAUGAAGAAAACGAGAUUGAUGUAGACGGACAUAAAACUACAGAAACUACAAUAGAAACAACAACCACAACACCGAAAACCACAACUACAAAUAAACCAACAUUAACAACCACGAAGAACCCGAUCGUAGUUAAAACCGAAUCUUUUAUCCAUCUGAUCAAGGACUUAUUUUAUUUCAAGAUCCGCAUGGGCUUGGAGAUUCUUCAGAACAAAACGGAAACGCUCACCAAAUACUUUAAAUCAGCACAAACCAGAAUAGACGAUGCUUAUGUGAAGAAUCACCAACCGCACAUGUAGAUCGCACAAAACCAUUAUAAAACUUCGUAGAUAUAUUACAUAUUUGGUUUAGCUUAAAUAAAUCCAUUGCUCUCUUUUUCACACAAAUGCUCAAACUUUGGGCUCUGUAUUCGUUUAUAGUAAAAAGUAUUUGGGGGACAUUUACAACGUGAAUCUGCAAUAUAUCCGUACUUGCGAAGUAGCUUUUGGGCUCAAGUUCAUGUUUGACAAAUGGGGAGGAAAAUUAGGGUGGAUCGGAAAGUGUACACUUUGUUUAGUGCUUAAAACACCGAACGUGAACUUGGCUUAAACGAUUAUAUUUUAUAUUUUUUUUAUAUAUAUAUUUGUAUGAACC